UCCACAGGAUGACAUUCAUAUCACGCAAUUCUCCGUUUCUGGUGUAUAAUUGUUGAAGCAGGCAUCAUCCUCUUGAGUCUCCUCUUUUUAAUCAGGCAGUAGCAGACACGCACACACGCACACACGCAGACACGCAGACGCCCACAGCCGCAGACAGGUGUGUGUUGGUGGUGAAAGAGGUGCAAUGCAGGAAGGAUGAAGAUGGUCCUGACAAGAGGAGUGUUUCUUCUCUGCUGGCUGCUUCAGGCUGAGUCAUCCUCUGGCGACCAUAAGCUGCCACUCCACUUUAGACCACGCCCUCCUCCUGCACACACUCAGCUGGACUCCAACCUGCAGCAGGAACCUCACCACCUUCAUCAUCAUAAUCAUCAUCGUCAUCAUCCCCAUGUUGACGACGUGCACGUGGAGCAUGCCACUGUGUCUGCACACCACUUGGUUACCAUGUUUUUGGCCGUGGACGUCAGGAGGCUCAACACUGGCCUUCUUGCUAAAUUUCGGGGGGGCGUGGCAGCGGCACUGAGCGUUCCCAUCGGACGCGUCCACAUCAACCGUCUAAAUGAAGAGAAGAACGGCGUGGAGCUCUUUGUGUCGUCUGAUAGGCCGGACAUUUCUGAGCCCCGCUCAGCCGAGGAGGUCAUCCGGGCGCUGAACGUCCGGGUCCUUCAUCGGCACUUGGCGCACUUUGGCAUCACUGAAGUCUCAACAGAGAAGAACAUCCUGCAGGGUGAGCCGCAUGACCACGUGUUGACGGAAGAAAGUUACUAUGCCGCCGUCCUCUUCCUCGCUGUCUUCAUCAUCUUCAUCACCUGCUUGAUGGUGUUGUUUAGCUUGAAGGAGAAGGCCUCUGCUGAACAACUCAAAGCUCCGCCUCCUUACUUUUACUUUACCCCUAAGGUCACGCCUGACUGUGGUCAUAGGUCAAAGGUCAACAAGGCGGUAACCUUGGGGAGCAUGGUCCAAACGAAGGGGUCUUUUGCCACGACCACUCUCCAGCAGCAGCCAAUCACAGUUUUCCCUCCGUCCAGCCCCGCCCCUGUGCCUUUCAUCAACAACAUUGACCCACCUCCCCCGGUCAGCGUUGCCCCGGUAAUAAAUGAGCUGAAAACCUGCCCCUCCCCCUUCAGGAUGAAACCUGCCUCAGGACUACAAGAGAGGCGCGGCUCCAACGUUUCGCUGGUGUUGGACAUGUCGGCACUGGCCUCGGUGGAGCCUCUCGACGUUGCCGUGGUUACACCCAGGGAGACGGCAGCCCGCGAGUACCUGCUCGCCGCCAGCCGGCCGCUCACACCGCAGCAGCUCCGUGACAUCAUCGAUGACACACAGAGGCUGCACGCCGAGUUCGCUGAGAUCCCGAUGAACUUCACCGACCGAAAACAGCUGGACAUUUCCAACUACGGGACCAAGAAUCGAUACAAGACCAUCCUGCCGAACCCUCACACCAGAGUUCACCUGCAUUCCAGAGGAAGUGCCGACCCGCUGAGCUCCUACAUCAACGCCAACUACGUGCGGGGUUACCGUGGCAACGAGAAGGCCUUCAUCGCCACGCAAGGCCCCAUGGUCAACACGGUGGAUGACUUCUGGCUGAUGGCGUGGCAGGAGGCGGCGCCCGCCAUCGUCAUGAUCACCAAGCUCAAGGAGAAGAAGGAGAAGUGUGUCCUCUACUGGCCUGAGAGGCGGGGAAUCUACGGGAAGGUGGAAGUGGCGGUCAGCGGUGUGCGAAAGAGUGAACACUACACAGCUCGCCGCCUCUCACUCAAGUACAAGGAUCGAACCCACGUGCUGCAGCACUACUGGUUCACGUCGUGGCCCGACCACAAGACGCCCGACUCGGCUGUGCCCCUGCUGCAGCUGAUGGAUGACGUGGAGACGGAGCGGCGGGCGGCAUCCCCCGCGGGGCCCGUCAUAGUCCACUGCAGUGCCGGGAUCGGACGUACAGGCUGCUUCAUCGCUGCCGCCAUCGGCUGCCGGCAGCUGGAGGCGGAGGACGCGGUGGACCUGUUGGGCAUCGUGUGCCAGCUCCGGGUGGACAGGGGCGGAAUGAUCCAGACCGGCGAGCAGUACCACUUUGUUCAUCACGCCUUGAGCCUUUACCAGUCCCGGCUCUCCGCUCAAAAUGGCCGAUGAACAUCUGUGGCAACAAGAUCUCGGCAGGCGUGGACUGACAUUUAGAAGGAGGAGCCUGUUGACAUAGAUGGACACAAGAAGAGGGAAGGUAAAUUUUUGGGAGGAAGUUAGAAGUUUUAGUCUCUGGACGUUGUUAUGUUUGUGUAAACGUCACUCUAGUAACAUGUUAGCAUAGCCUGCUAGCUACUUAUAGCAUUUAGUGGCUAUCUGGAGUUUCAUUUGAACAUAAAACUGGUGCAGGCAUCUCUUUGAUUGUAAAUUAAUUUAUUUUAGUGAAUAAAAACUUUAUUUUUUUACUCUUUUCACAUGUUUUUAGUGUGCCUAGCAGCUGUUUGGCUAAAUUAGCACUUUAUGUUGACGUAUCAAUAAUGUCAAACAGAGUGUAACAUUUAAAAAAUGUUUUCCUUUACUUUCAUCGUACUGUAAUUGUUUGCUUCAAUUCCAAUGAACCUUAUUUAAACGUCUGAGCACGAGAUGGUAACCGUGUACGCGUAUGUUGUUUUUAAAGAUAAUUGACUUGUUGACACAAACCCAAAUUAAAGUCAAUUAUAA